AUGUCGAAGCAGGAAAGCGACGCGGUGCAACAGGUCGCCGAGGAUGACGAACCCGAUGAUUGGGACAAGCGCAUCUUCAGCACUGGCUGCGCAGAUGAGAAUGCAAAGUUGACGGACUGUUACUUUGAGAAGAAAGACUGGCGACAAUGCACUGCCGAGGUACGUCGUCUCCGCCAGACCCGAGACGGAGAAAUGAAUGAAGCUGAUGAUGAUGUGGGAAAGAUGGAGCGAUUCAAGAGUUGCUGGAAACAGCAAGGCAACGACGCCAGGACCGAUAUGAAGGACGCAUAA